CUUUGCAGAGAAGUGCUCCUCUAGGCAUGCCUCUCCUCUUGCUUUAGACCACAACUUUCACUUUCUCUUUGUUCUGAUUGCCUUCUUCUUCCUCCUCCUCCUCUUCUUCCUCCAAUAAUGGAGUCUUCAAGGUUCCGAGACGACGAUUCUGACUUGAAUCUCUCAGAAUGGAACUCCUCCGCCUGCAACAACAAGGCUCGCAUCUCUCGCCAUAACACCAUGUCCAGAAGGUUCUUCAGAGAAGAUUCCAGGUCUUUCCGAUCAAACUUCACCGUCUCCAGCACCGCUUCUUCUCCUGGAUACGCUUUCAAAGAUGAAAUCGACCCCUCCACCUAUUGUUUCUCCACUGCUCUCAAAGCAUUGCAAGCAAGGUCUGUGUAUCAUACUUGGGAGUGUUCGUCUCCAGAAGGAUUGGCUUUGAAUUCCAAGUGGAACGAAGCUGAGAAAUAUAUCUGCAAUCCACUUUCCGGGAAAGUUCCAUUGGAAUGUUUAUCUGCAAAAUCUCUCAUCAGUAGUGGAAGGUCCUUCAGAAACUCCUCCAACAGAUUCACCAUGUCUGCUCCUCUUGUUUUCUCUUCCUCCACCCACCUUCCAUUAUCAAAGCCUCCAUUAUCAUCUUCCACAACCCAAGAUUUCACCAUGCAAUUCCCUAUUCUUUCAGAGAUGAAGAAGGAGGGAAGGACAAGAGAUGUGGGAACUCAGAGUACACCGCCAUAUCUGAGUUCAAGCAGUCCGAGUCCAGCUUCAACACCUUCGAUUAUAGAGAGAUCAAUCAAGCGAGUAGGAGAAUCAUCGCCAGUUUCAAAUUCAAAAACAACCAAAUCCGAGGAAGACGAGGUGGAAGAAGAGAAAGUGAAAGAAACAGAAGAGACAGAGAGAGUGACAACAACACAGAGAGAUCAAAAAGAGGAUCAACUUUGUAGCAGCAGGAGGAAGCAACAAGCUGGCUGCUUUUCUUGGACAUGGAUGACCAACAGAUUCCUCAGAAAUCAUCAUAAGACAGCCAACAAACCCAGAAAAUACCACAACAAUGUCUUCCCCACUCAUCAUCAUUUUAAACCUUGUUGAACAAAACCCAGGUUUGGGAAAAACAAGAAAACAAAAAGAGACCAAGAUGUCAUCAAGAGAUUCUCUCUCUUUUAGGUUCUUUGUGGGGAAGAUAGAUAGAGAAAGCAAAAGAUGAAGAGUUAGUUUGAAGUUUGUUUAGUUUAAUUAGUGGAAUUUUCGUGUUGUUCUAUGGAAAAUAGGGAGAGGUGUGAAUUAUUUGAUGUAAGUUUGUUUGGUUGUGGUGAAACUUAGGUGACAGCUUGGGCUUCACGUGAUUCAUUUUUGUUUUUGCCUUUUGAUGUGAUAUGAUAUCUCCCUCUUGUUCUUUUUAAA